AUGUUACGUCGAUUCUUUGUUGCAGGCAUGGUACGAUUACAAACUAAAAUGGGAUCCGAAGGAAUACGGUGGGGUGGAGAUGCUGCAUGUGCCGUCAGAUCACAUAUGGAGGCCCGAUAUAGUUUUAUACAACAACGCCGACGGUAACUUCGAGGUGACGCUGGCGACGAAGGCGACCCUCAACUACACGGGUAGGGUCGAGUGGAAGCCGCCGGCGAUUUAUAAGUCUUCCUGCGAGAUCGACGUCGAAUAUUUUCCCUUCGACGAGCAGACGUGCGUGAUGAAAUUCGGCUCGUGGACUUACGACGGCUUCCAGUACUUUACUGUCAAGGUCGAUCUUAGACACAUCGACGAGGUCCGAGGCAGCAAUGUCGUCGACAUCGGCGUCGAUCUGUCGGAGUUUUAUACUUCCGUCGAGUGGGAUAUACUAGAAGUCCCUGCUGUAAGAAACGAAAAGUUUUACACGUGUUGUGACGAGCCUUACCUCGACAUCACUUUCAACAUCACCAUGAGACGGAAGACUCUGUUCUACACCGUUAACCUCAUAAUACCCUGCAUGGGGAUAUCAUUCCUCACGGUGUUGGUGUUUUACUUGCCAAGCGACAGUGGAGAGAAGGUCAGCUUGUCUAUCUCGAUUCUAUUGUCACUGACUGUGUUCUUCCUUUUGCUGGCCGAGAUUAUCCCGCCUACGUCGCUCGUGGUACCGCUCCUUGGUAAAUUCGUCCUCUUCACUAUGAUCCUCGACACCUUCAGCAUAUGCGUAACAGUGGUGGUCCUGAAUGUGCACUUCCGUUCGCCGCAGACCCACGUAAUGUCGCCGUGGGUCCGACGCGUGUUCAUCCACGUUCUGCCGAGGCUGCUGGUAAUGCGCAGGUAUAAUACGCCGUCGCAGAGAACCGAUUACGAUUCCAGGCCGCAGUACCAGAUAGAUAGCAGGCGUACCAUGGCCGGGCAUCACGGGCAUCGCGUGAUGGUCAGAACAUGCAACGGUCUCGAACUGCGAGACCCAUCACUGUUCGUCGAGUCCUCGGCCUCGGAGCUGGUCGAGUCCUCCGUGCUCUUUCCUAGCGUCGAUUCACGGGACGAGCUGCAUCCUCGGGAGUUGGAAGCAGUAAAUUUAGGAAGCACGUGCCGCAUCCACGGUUCGCCGGCGGCAACGGCCGCGCCGCCGCCACAGCUUCCGACGGAGGAGAGCGUCGACGCUCUCUGCAACACGCUUCACCAUUGGCAUCACUGCCCAGAGCUAUACAAGGCCAUCGAAGGCAUUCGCUUCAUUGCCGAUCAUACGAAGAGAGAAGAGGACUCUACUAGAGUCAAGGAAGAUUGGAAGUACGUCGCGAUGGUGCUCGACAGACUAUUCCUCUGGAUCUUUACGCUAGCCGUAGUGGUCGGCACGGCCGGGAUUAUACUGCAGGCGCCGACCUUGUACGACGAUCGCAUCCCCAUCGACGUACGGCUCUCCGAAAUCGCCUCCACCACUGCCAAGCCACACAUCGUCACGAGCCUCUGA